CGAUCGAUAUAGCAAGUUAGUGACUCUGAAACGACUGCGAUUUCUGCCAGCACAUGAGGAGCGGUUGUUAGAUCCUCCGAACCGCUUGCGUGUCAGUUCGUCGUGGUUGUUGCGACGAAGCGUUAUCGCUUAUCGCACUGCGCUUCAGGGCCUAAGCUCAUCCCUGGGCAUCACUGACGCCAUCGCUAGCCUCGGCUGGAACGGCGUUUGAGACAUAUAUAAUAUACAGUCAGCGCAGGCGCCACUUAUUCUUUCAAUAUAGCAGAAAAUGGCUGCGCCGACAGGAGCCCAACUGAUAGCCCAGGCUCUUCAUGAGCUUGGCAUCAAAGUUAUAUUUGGCCUGGUUGGGAUACCAGUAGUCCAAAUCGCCGAGGAGGCAAUCAAGCUUGGGAUCAGAUUUAUAGCUUUCCGCAAUGAGCAGGCGGCGAGCUAUGCAGCAACAGCAUAUGGAUAUCUUACAGGGAAGCCUGGAGUGUGCUUGGUAGUAGGGGGUCCGGGAGUUUUACAUGCCAUGUCAGGAAUUGGCAACUCGUCAGCAAACGCAUGGCCUCUACUUCUACUGGCUGGCUCCAGCGAGUCUCACCUGGUCACCAAGGGUGCCUUUCAAGAGCUGGAUGCCGUCAGUCUUCUUACGCCGCAUGUAAAAUUGGCGGUGCGGUCCACGCUAGAGUCGAUUCCUCAGAGCAUCUCCAAUGCUUACAGGACAUCUUGGUAUGGGAGAGGAGGGACUGGGUUUGUGGAUCUACCCGCCGAUGUGAUUCAAGGGGAAGGCGAUGAGAUAUCUAAGGUUAUCGUGCCCUCACCAGCUCGAGCUGCGGGAGACCCAGAGAGAAUCGCAGCCGCAGUUAAACUGCUCAGAGCUGCCAAUGCACCACUUGUUAUCGUCGGGAAGGGCGCAGCAUAUGCCCAGGCAGAGGGCGGUAUCAGAAAGCUCAUCAACGACACUAAAAUUCCAUUCCUCCCAACUCCAAUGGGCAAAGGUGUCUUACCAGAUUCCCACCCAUCAAACACAGCCAGUGCUCGCUCAGCAGCUCUAAAAGGCGCAGACGUCGUCCUGAUCCUCGGCGCAAGACUGAACUGGAUCCUCCAUUUCGGCGAAGAGCCCAAAUGGAACCCCGACGUCAAGAUUAUCCAAGUCGAUAUCUCCGCCGAAGAACUCGGCAAGAACAACGGCGACGCAUCUCUCUCCAUAAUCGGCGACAUCAACCUCGUCACCUCCCAGCUGAGCAGUGGUCUCCAAAACUGGCAAUACAACACCUCCACCCCCUACAUCUCAGCCAUCCGCGCGAGCACCGUCAAGAACGAAGCCACAGCCGCCAAAGCUGCACAGGUCGACACCUUGCCCAUGACCUACGGUCGCACCUUCGCUGUCAUUAAGGAAACGCUGAAUGCGCUCUCGCCGCCCGAGAAUGGGGAUAUUGUGUAUGUCUCCGAGGGCGCUAAUACGAUGGAUAUCUCACGUAGCGUCUUCAAUGUCGAGCACCCUCGUCUGCGUCUUGAUGCAGGAACAUAUGCUACGAUGGGUGUAGGUCUCGGUUAUGCCAUCGCAGCACACUGUGCGUAUAACCUGCCCGAUCCGCAAGCUGAGUCUGGCUCGUCUUCGCGGAAGAAGAUCGUGUGUCUUGAGGGUGACUCGGCAUUUGGAUUCUCGAUGCCAGAGAUUGAGACCAUGGCGCGAUACACUAUGGAUAUCCUAGUAUUCGUAGUCAACAACGGCGGCGUCUACCACGGCGACAGCGCAGAUAGCGAUGCCUGGUUAGCCCUACAAGACAAGACGGCGCAGGGCGCGGCAGGGGGGCUGCGCAGCACGAGUUUGGGGUGGGAGGUGGGGUAUGAGAAGAUGGCAGAGAUGUGUGGGGGAAAGGGGUAUUUGGUGAGGACGCCGGAGGAGCUGCGGAAGGCGACGGAGGAGGGGUUUAAGGCCACGGUGCCAGUGGUGAUUAAUAUCAUCAUUGAGGCGGGUCAGGCGAAGAAGUUGGAAUUUGCGUGGCAGAAGAGUACGCAGAAGAAGGCUAAAAACGCCAAGCUAUGAAUGCUCUAAUCUACAUCCCCUUCUGGGAUGCAAUGUACAUACAAUUCGAUACGUUUUACGGGAAUGUGCAUCAGUGUCUCGCUCUGUUUGCUGGUUGGGCGGCAAAGUGCAUGAACAGUUAUCAUCGUGGUCAAAGAAAUCAGGAUCGUUCUAUCCUCAUAUCCUUCUAGGAGCCAGGGAUCCCAGGUAAACUUGGCUCUGAUCUUUCUGUUGGCAUCUUUGUUUACUGCUCUGCUCCUCUUUGAAACGGUCUCAUAUGGCUCAAAGGCAUUCUCCUUACUUUCCUUCGUUUCUGUGUCUCAAGAACGGCUCCUACGCCACGGAGUGAGCCAACAAGAGCCGCUACGGGAUAUAAGUUUUCUUCUCUCCCUCUCGUCAGAGAUACUUCGUUAUUCUUCAAUUUCAUCAUCACAUAACUCUCAUUUCGUCAUGCCCAGGAUUUAACCCAUCACCAAUACAAACAAUCCCGUCCACCAACGCACACUCAUCCAACCGCCAAACGAACAGCCCCGUCCAACAACAACGAUUACAACAACCGCAAUGUGCUUCUACACCCCUACCCCCAGAAAGCCCCCCAACGGCAACUCCAGCACAACCCGCUCCUCCAAACGCUCCCAUGCCACCUCCUCCACCCGCUCCUCCCCGCAAAUCCACAUCCACUCCCCCCUCCCUCACCCCACCACCUCUCCCCUCCCCGCACACCUCUACACCCGUCCCACCGCGCCAACAUGGACGUUCCCCGCCCCCACCACCACCGCCACCGCUACUCCCCAGCCGAAUGAGGGCGGAUGGGCGAAUAUAUACCUUCCCCCCACCACCACUCCGGCCUUGCAGGAGACGGGGAGGAGGAGGUCUUCAGUGCUGGUUGCGGAGAUUGAAGCGAUUAGGAGGUUGGCGAGGCGGGUGGGGGAUGCGGCGAGGAGGGG